AUAUCUAAUAACACAACGCCAUCCACAUUAUUUCCACACUCCUGCAACCCCUUGAAAACAAGAAAAAAAACACUACACAGUUGCAGAACACACAGCCUAGCCAUGGCUCUCUCAUUAUCCACAAACUUGUACAAGCCAGCUUCCACACCCAAGCUGAACUCUCAGUUCACAUCCAAGCCAAAGCUAGCUACCAUUAUAUGUUCUGCCUCACCACAGAACAAUAACAUCUCAACUUGUACAGAACAGGAGAGUUCAGCAUCUUCACUCAAAGCAUUUUCAGCUGCACUAGCACUGUCUUCGAUUCUGCUGUCCGCCCCGGUCCUUCCAGCAUCUGCAGAUAUCGCAGGGCUGACACCAUGCAAAGAUUCUAAGCAGUUUGCUAAAAGGGAGAAGCAACAACUGAAGAAGCUGGAGUCUUCACUCAAGAUUUAUGCACCAGAUAGUGCUCCUGCUCUUGCCAUCAAGGCCACUAUGGAGAAGACCAAGAGAAGGUUUGAUAACUAUGGCAAGCAAGGUUUGCUGUGUGGAUCAGAUGGCUUGCCGCAUCUGAUAGUGAGCGGAGAUCAAAGACACUGGGGGGAGUUCAUCACCCCAGGGAUUCUCUUCUUGUACAUUGCAGGAUGGAUCGGGUGGGUCGGAAGGAGCUACCUAAUUGCAAUCAGAGAUGAGAAGAAGCCAACACAGAAGGAGAUCAUCAUCGAUGUUCCCCUGGCUUCAAAGCUCCUCUUCAGAGGAUUCAGCUGGCCUGUGGCUGCUUACAGAGCUUACCUUAAUGGAGACCUCAUUGACCCCUCUGUCUAAACUGCGCGCCUAUCCCUCCUCUUAUAAUACAACAAGGAUGUGUAUAUCAACUUUUCAUUCAAGAGGAAUGACAGAAUUCUUUUACUUUGUAAUUCAUGUCGAAACUUGUGAUGAAUCAUGAUAUUAUAUGUAGUGUGUUAAAUCCA